UUCCCUCCUCUGCUCGUAGGUUCCUCGAGCACGUUCACCGAGAGGUCUAAAAACUGCCGUGGAUCGCUUACGCUGACCAAUAAUGGCCCGCCCGCGAAGUGUCUCAUCCCAGACGAUUGUGAUUAAGCUCGGAACGUCCUCUAUUGUGCAUGAGACUACGCACCAGCCGCUGUUGUCGACGCUGUCGGCUAUCGUGGAGACCGUAGUCGGCCUUCGCGAGCAGGGACAUAAGGUCGUCCUUGUAAGUUCGGGUGCGAUUGGAGUCGGGUUGAAGCGAAUGGAGGUCGCGUCCCGGCCAAAGAGUCUGUCAAAGAAACAGGCGUUGGCAGCGAUAGGUCAGGGACGGCUCAUCGCGCUAUGGGACAAUCUGUUCGGACAGCUUGGGCAGCCUAUCGCGCAGAUAUUGCUUACGCGUGGCGACAUAUCGGAUCGAACACGCUAUCUGAAUGCCGUCAACACGUUCAAGGAGCUCCUGUCUAUGGGCGUUAUACCCAUCGUGAACGAGAACGACACAGUGUCUGUGAGCGAAAUCAAAUUUGGUGACAACGACACGUUAUCCGCCAUCACCUCGUCCAUGAUUCAUGCAGACUACCUGUUCCUGCUCACGGACGUCGAUGGAUUGUACACGUCGAACCCUCGAAAAGACCCAAAUGCGGCUCGGAUCGACGUUGUAGCAUCAAUUGAUAGCAUCCGAUCCCGAGUCAGCACGUCAACACUUGGUUCCAACCUCGGCACGGGCGGAAUGGAGACGAAGCUUAUUGCUGCGGAGAUUGCUACGGCCGCAGGGGUAACCACCGUCGUCACUUCGAGUAGGGAACCGAAGAACAUCUUCAAAAUCAUCGAAUACAAUACGCAAUUCAAGUCUGGCUCCAACACACCUCUUACCGGCUUGCAGUCUGGUCGGUCGAGUCCCGAACCGGCACUCCUCUCCCCCACUCCGACACCCAGUGCUCCAUCUGCGUCUUCGAGUAACACCGUUACCCCCAGUGCAUCUACUAUGAACAUCCCUACUGUUGGUCCAUCUGCAACCUUGCCGGCUAGGCCACCACAUACCGUCUUCAUUCCCACAGCGAUGCCCCUACGUGACUUGAAGUCAUGGACGAGCCAUACGCUGUACCCAUCCGGAAGCGUCGUCAUAGACAGCGGUGCACACCAUGUCCUGUCGAAACGCGAGUCUGGCGGGCGGCUCCUCGCCGCGGGCGUGAUUGGGGUCCGAGGUGCCUUCGCAUCUGGGCAAGCUGUUCGGAUCGUCAUUCGCAAGCGUCGACCGGGAGAGUCGGACAAGACGAAUAUCAGCUCAGAAACCGAUAGCCCGACCGACACCGGGGCACAGAGUAGAUACCCAGAUGGAACGGUCGAUACGGUGCCUAAUACCCCGGAAAUCUACGCGACGGCUUCGCUGAGCUCCUCGAUCUCGUCAAUAUCGACCUUGGAGCUCUUGCUGCCUAUAGACGAGGAAAUGACGCCCUCGCUGUCGUCCAAGGCGCUGCCGGAGGAAGAUACGGUUGUCAUCGAACGUGCCCCAGGAGAGGAUUCGGCCGAGUGGGAGCUGGAGGAGGUCGGACGGGGUCUGGCCAAUUAUAACUCGGCACAGAUUGACAGGGUGAAGGGACUGAGAAGUUCUUACAUCCCCCAGCUGCUGGGAUACGCGGAUUCGGAAUACGUUGUAGAGAAUAUCACGAUCCGUGUGCCCCCGUCGUAG